AUGCCCGUCGACCAUUUCCACAAUAUAUCCCGCUAUGAACCCCAUACGAACUCCACUUUCCAACAGCAUUACUGGGUCGACAUCAGCAACUACAUUGAAGGAGGUCCGGUGAUUAUCCAUGCCAUCGGCGAAGACAAUCCCGACUAUGACCUCGAAUGGCUACAGAAGGGAAUACUCCAUGACCUGGCCAAUGCGACUGGUGGUGUCGCUGUCCUCUGGGGUCAGAGAUACUACCCCGGAGGCUAUGACAUUGUCCCGGACCAUCGGUGGACCCGGGAAACUCUUCGCUUCCACAGCACGGAACAAGCCUUAGCGGACCUCGCACACUUUGCUCAGAGAGCCUCGUUCUCCGGCUUGGAAGACAGGGACCUCACAGCGCCAGGCACUCCUUGGAUCAUCCUCGGCGGCUCAUACGGCGGUGUCGUGUCCGCGUUCACCCGAAUCCAAUACCCAAACCUCUUCUGGGGCGGACUGUCAUCCUCGGGAAUCACCACUGGAAUGCUCGACCACUGGCAGUUUUUCGACCUCAUACGACGCCACGCACCGCCGAAAUGCGUCGAGGUUCAACAACAACUCACCAAUCUGAUGGACAACGUCUACGAAAGCGGCAACGAAACAGCCUUGUCUCAGCUCAAGGCUGCCUUCAACGUCUCCGACUCCUCGACAUAUCCCGACCUCGCGUUUCUGCUGACCAGUCCCUUUUCGGCGUGGAAUCGAGCGUGGCAUAGAGCGACUGCCCCUUUUGAUGGUCCGGGUUCCUACUGUGACGUCUUGACGUCUGCGACUUCGCGAUACCAUACUAUAGAAGCCCUACGUGCGAUCGCGCGCUCUCUUCUCACUUACGCGAACGAGACGGCCACUCCAGCCCCCUCGACCCUGUACCACCCGCUGCUCAACCUCUUUUCGCACAUCCGCAAAACCCAGACCUACUGCUCCGGCAGAGCCGUGCACGAGUGUCUCUCGCUCAACCGCCCCUCUCCGUUUGGCUGGCUCGUCUGCACCGAGACCGGCGGUUUCGCGACCGGCUACACGCCCGGCGCCGCGGGCCGUCCGCACGCGCUGCCCUUGGUCUCGCGGACCCUGUCACCCGCAUACUUCCUCGACAGGUGCAGGAGGACGUACAACACUACGCGCGACGAACCGCGGCUCGACCGGCUGAACCGCUACGGCGGCGUCAACCUGUCGUACCCGCGCCUCACCCUCUCCACCGGUGAGCUGGACUUCUACCGCGGUCUGGGCCCGCUGGCCGAGUUUCUGGAGAACGGCGACCCGAAUCCCCGGCUGCGCGGCGUCAACAACGAUAGCUACACCGGUGGUGGUGGUGGUAAUUAUGAUGGCAGUAAUGAUGAUGGUGACGAUGAGGUGUUGUCAACCGACACGAACGCCCCCGAACUCGUCAUCGAGGGUGCCUUCCACGAGUGGGAUUUCCCAGGCCUGUUCCCCAACGAGACAACCGUGAAGAUGCCCCUGGCGGUGAAACGGGCUAAGGCUACGGAAAUCGAGACUGUCAUGGCGUGGUUGAAAGAAUGGAAUGCUACGCGUGGGUUGUAA